AUGGCGACCGACGCGCCCGCGCGCCCGCGGUGUUGGCACGUCUACGUCCACAAACUCCGCGCCUGGAUCACGACCGCGACGGCGUCGACGGCGCUCGAGGGCGGGGAGGCGAAGCCAUCGCGACCGUACCUCAUCUUGGUCGUCGAGCCGGACGGCGGAACCUUUCUCUCCCACGCCCGCGACGGGGACGACCGAGGGAACGUGUACGAGGACGAACCGUCGUCCGAAGACGUCGCGGCGUUCAUACGGAAGUGCGUCGAGCGACCGCGGGCGCUGAACGCGACGCUGCAGGGGAAAACGUUCCGAGAGGGAGGAUUGGCGCCGAGGACGAUUCGCGUGGCGUGCGGACGCACGGCGCGGGCGUUGCGAGGCGAACCGGAGGCGUGGGCGACGUUCGAUGGAUGUCGAUACGUGGCGGAGUGUCGAGAGUUGUUGAAACGUGAGAUUCCGGAGAUUGAGAGCGUGAGUUUCGCGCCGGUGCCGGAGGAGUUGAUCGCGCGGGUGAUUCGCGAACGCGUCGAGCCGAAAAUCGCCGAGGACGCGCGGGGGGGGGUAGAGGAGGAGUGGGGGACGCGACAUCUCCCGGGGUUGUCCACAUCGGUCGAUGGGUUCACGAUGGCGUUCGGGAGGUCGUUGUUCGAGGCGGCGAAGGCGUUCGCGGAGUGUGAUAUCGAUCGAGCGCUCGAGCGUCGGCGGCCGGUGAAGGUUUCGUACCGGUUGAAACUUCGAGACGACGUCGCGAUGCGACUCACCGCGUUCGUGGCGUUCGAGGGAUCGAUGGAGGAAGAGGAUUUUGGUUUUGUGGUUCAUAAAACCUUGACGCAGUCGCAGGCGGCGUUCGAGGUGAGUAAGGGGAACGUCGACGUCGAGAGCGGGCCGCAAAUGGGCCAAACGUGCGCCUUCGCGUCGGCGCACGAGACCCCGUUCGAGGACCUGGACGACGGCGAAGCCGGUUCUUGGCCGUUAGUGGAGCGUGAAGGUGAGAUAGACAACGUUCUGUGGCCGUUGUUUUUCAAGGUGAACGUCGUGGACGAUGGUGAAAAUCUCGAGAUUUCUCGUCCGGCUAUCAUCGAGCUUCAGGCGUUCGAGGUGUCGAUGAAAGCCAUCGCGAGCAUCCGAGCGAGCGGCGACGCGUCGUUCGCGUCGAGCGGGGAUGACGUGCGCGCGGCUAAAGGUCCCUGGACGUGCACCGUGACGUCGUUCGCGGCCAAGGGGGAGGAGGAAUCGAUCGAGGUUGAAAUCGAACUCCCAGAGCUUCCGGAGAUGCAUCCCGUGGAGUACCUCGACGGGUGA